CUCCUCUCUCGCUAAAUCAAUUUAUUAACAGGUUUUAAUGGAAGAUAAAUAUACUGUUAGAAUCUUGACACUAAACAGACCAAACCAGAUGAAUGCUCUGUCUUGGAACAUGAUCACUCGGUUGCUGCAACUGUUCCUCGCAUAUAAGGAUGACCCCAGAGUGAAACUAGUCAUCCUAAAGGGUCAGGGAAAAGCAUUUUGUGCUGGUGGCGAUGUUCGACCUGUUAUUUGUGACAUCGUACAAGGCAAAUGGAGACUCGGUGCUGAUUUCUUAUCAGAUCAAUACACGCUCAACUAUGUCAUGGCCACAUAUAGCAAAAUUCAGAUUUCAAUUAUGAAUGGUAUUGUCAUGGGAGGCGGAGCUGGUGUCUCCAUCCAUGGUCGAUUUCGUAUUGCAACUGAGAAGACGGUUUUUGCCAUGCCUGAGACAGAACUGGGGCUCUUUCCAGAUGUAGGUGCCUCAUACUUCUUGUCAAGGCUCCCUGGCUUUUUUGGAGAGUAUGUUGGCCUCACAGGAGCUAGGUUAGAUGGCGCCGAAAUGCUUGCUUGUGGUCUUGCAACUCAUUUUGUGCCUUCGACGAGGUUGACUGCACUAGAAGCAGAUCUUUGCAGAGUUGUUUCAAAUGAUCCAGAUACCUUUUCCUCAAAAAUUCUCAAUGCAUACACUCAGCAUCCCCACCUGAAACAGCAUAGUGCUUACCACAGGUUAGAUGUUAUUGAUAAGUGCUUCUCGAGAAGAACGGUGGAAGAGAUAAUAUCUGCACUUGAGAGAGAGGCCAUUCAGGAGCCAGAUGAAUGGAUCUCAGCUACACUUCGAGCUUUGAAGAAGGCUUCACCAGCAAGCCUUAAAAUCUCUCUUAGAUCGGUUAGUUCCUCAAAAUGUGUCACGUGUAGUAAUGGGAUAGAACUGACGUCCUGUAUAAAAUUUCAGAUAAGAGAAGGACGGUUUCAGGAGGUGGGGCAGUGUCUUAUCCGUGAGUAUAGAAUGGUGUGUCAUGUGUUGAAGGGCGAACUAAGCAAAGAUUUGGUGGAGGGUGUCAGAGCCGUAGUGAUAGACAAAGAUAGGAAACCAAAGUGGGAGCCACAGCGACUGGAGCAGGUGACGGAUAACAUGGUAGACCAGUACUUCAAGAGAAUGGAUGAAGAGGAGGGAUGGGAGGAUCUAAAGCUUCCACCAAGGAUUAACUUGUCUUCUUCAAUAAUCGCAAAGCUGUGAAUUCGAGAAGGUGAUGGAACUGAUGUGAUUGUCCAUUGUUGGAAGCAUAUCUUCCAAUUUUCUCGUUGUUGCUUGUCACGCAAUCUUUUUGAAAGUAUUCAGUUAGUGUUCAAUGGUGAGAGAAUUGGUUUCCCUUAUGUUUAAGGAUUACGAUUGUAAACUUCCUUUGCUUCCUUUAUUUCAUGUUUUAAUCAUAAAUAAAUAAAAUAGCAUACUUAUGUUUUACCUUUUUUCUAAACCAACAAUGACAAUUUUUUUUAGGUCACAGUCUAAGCACAUUUCCGUUGGUAAAAAACAAAAAGAAGCAUCUCUAUUUAAUUUAAGAUAAUUCAUUAUCUUUUUAGAUUUAUUUAUUUUGCUAUUAACUGAACCAAUCAGAAACGGAGUUUAUGAGUAGAAAUGGCCCAUAGGACAGACGAUUCAAGUGAUGGAUUAUGACAUAUAUCAUGAGAGAACCUAUUUAUGUUUAAUUUUUAUAUAUUUUUAUUAAUUUUUAUAUUAAAAACUUUUUAUAAGUGUUUAUAUGUAAACUUCAUUUAUGAUAUUUUGAUAAUAUGAAUAUUUGUAAGAAAACUUGGCAUUUUUGGAAGUUUUAUUAAUAAAUACUCUGAGUAAAUGUACUGUAAAAUAGUAAUUUUUAAAGAUGGAAGUUUAUAUUAACAAAUGAUUUUAAUAUUGACUAACAUUGGUUAACUUCAUCAAGUUAUCUAUCAAUUAAUGCAACUGAAUACUUUAUGUAGUUUUAAGUUGACUUUUUAUAUAUAAAAUAUAUACUAGAUCUUGACACACGCUUUCGAAAUGAAAAUAUUUUUAAUCAUUUUGAUAAAAAGUUGUAUGAAUUUUAAAAUUUUUAUUAUAAAAAUAAUUUAAAAAUUGUUCUGAGUUUCAAACCGCGUUU